AUUCAGUUCAGCGCGAAGUCAACUUCAUUUUUGACGUGAUAGCGGUGGGUGAAUGAAGUGGUGGCAAUCGAAGAAGACGAGGCUGCGAGAGACGGCGUGGCGCGCCUUUACCGAGAAUAAUACCGCGUAGAAUGGGAAGAUUACAGAGGAAUGGUGCUGUACUAGUGGUAAUAUCCCUUUUGAUAGGAACCAAUGGCUUCUACGUGCCCGGAGUUGCUCCGGUGGAGUUUAAGAAGGGCCAGAAGAUCGACGUCAAGGCUGUCAAAAUGACUAGCAUACACACGCAACUACCGUAUGAAUAUUACUCCAUUCCAUUUUGCUUGCCCAAAAAUGGAACCUUCAUCUACAAGUCUGAGAAUCUAGGUGAAGUACUCCGUGGAGACAGGAUAGUAAACACUCCGUAUGAAGUCAUGAUGGUAGAAAAUAUUACCUGCAGGCUCUUGUGCCAUGGACCGUCCAACUUGAUGAAUUGGAGCGAAUACAAUUCUCAACAAGUUAUCAAUAUGAUCGAGCAUGAAUAUUUUGUGCAUUUAUUAAUAGAUAAUCUACCAGCAGCUACUAAAAAGAAGGUCCAAAACAAAGACACGAAUAAAGUGGUUGUUUAUCAAGGAUACCGCUUGGGCGGAAAGAUGAACCACCAGGCGUACAUCAAUAAUUAUCUCAAUCUCAAAUUAAGCUAUCACAAACACAGCGAGAACGAGUUUAGAGUAGUUGGAUUUGAGGUGGAGGCGCAUUCCGUCGACACGUCUCAAUUGCAGUUCGAAGGGAACACCUGCAUCCGGCCGGACUUCAACAAAGUGAGCCCGCAAUUCGUCAGUACCACGGGCACGAAACUUUUGUUCUUGUACUCGGUGGAAUGGAGCCAGUCGGACGUAAGCUGGGCGAGCAGGUGGGACAUGUAUUUGGGCAUGAGUGACGUCGAGAUACACUGGUUCUCGAUCAUCAAUUCCCUCAUCGUUGUCUUCUUCUUGUCCGGAAUUCUCACGAUGAUCAUGGUGAGGACGCUCAGGAGAGACAUAGCCCGCUACAACGCCGGGGAGAGCGAUAGUCUGGCGGGCUUGGACGAAACGAUCGAGGAGACCGGCUGGAAAUUAGUGCACGGAGACGUGUUCCGGCCGCCGAUCAACUCACGUUUAUUCGCCGCUGUGAUCGGCAGCGGCAUUCAAAUCUUUUUCAUGGCUCUCAUUACGAUAUUCUUCGCGAUGCUGGGGAUGCUGUCACCGGCGAGCCGAGGAGCCCUGGGUACCUGCGCGAUAUUUUUGUAUGUGUUUUCCGGCUUGGUCGCUGGCUAUUUCUCCGCACGACUCUACAAGACGAUGCGAGGUCGCGAGUGGAGAAGAGCUGCUUUACUGACGGCGACGCUUUACCCCGGCAUCGUCUUCAUGACGUGCUUCUUCUUGAAUUUCUUCAUAUGGGGUAAGCAAAGCUCCGGCGCGGUCCCCUUCCGGACGAUGGUGGUUCUGCUGUGCCUCUGGUUCGGCAUCUCGCUUCCUCUCGUCUAUCUCGGCUACUUCUUCGGUUAUCGCAAGCAGCCCUUCACCCACCCAGUCAGAACAAAUCAGAUCCCGAGGCAGGUCCCCGACCAGCUGUGGUACAUGAAUCCGAUACUGUGCACGCUAAUGGCCGGAAUCUUGCCGUUCGGCGCGGUGUUCAUCGAACUCUUCUUCAUCCUGACCGCGCUGUGGGAGAAUCAGUUCUACUACCUCUUCGGAUUUCUCUUUCUCGUUUUCUGCAUCCUCGUGAUCUCGUGCUCGCAGAUAUCGGUGGUCAUGGUCUACUUCCAGUUAUGCGGCGAAGACUACAGGUGGUGGUGGCGCAGUUUCAUAGUGAGCGGAGGUUCGGCGGUCUACGUGCUAGCUUAUUCCAUUUUUUACUUCGUGACGAAACUGGAGAUCACCGAGCUAGUACCGACUCUCAUGUACUUUGGCUACACUGCGCUGAUGGUCCUCACGUUUUGGCUACUCACCGGCACCAUCGGCUUCUUCGCCGCGUACGCGUUUAUCAGGAAGAUAUAUGCAGCCGUCAAGAUAGACUAGUCAAAAUCUAUCGAUAAUAGUCGCAGUGACAUUCGCGGGAGUAAUUUUAAUUUAAUCGAGAGAACGGAAGAGAGAGAAAGAGAAAUGGAGCGAGGGGGGAGGGAAGGAGGGAGAG